AUGAUCAAUUGCCGUAAUAUUUGCUCCUUAUUUUUCAUAGCAAUACUUUGUGCUGUGAUUUUUAGUUUUACAACCACGAAAAUAGUUAAGUUUCCACAACCAGUUAAUGGUACUUUUACAGGACUUAAAACUUGGCAUCCUAAAAUUAAAGAUUUUGAUACAGAAACAUGGUAUUCAGUGAUUCUUUUCGCGUCUGUUAUGCUAUUUGUUCCCGGUAUAUUUAUGCUAGUAUGGUUGUCAAAAAACGAGACUCUCAACGUCUUUGUACUUAAUGGUGAAAAAACUUCAACAGCUUUCUUUAAUAAAUUACUUGCUGGUUAUAGUAUCUCAACUGGUUUAAUUGCGUUCGUGGUAAUUUUUUUUGAUAUUGGAAAACUUUGGUCAUCAGUUGGCAUAAUACAUAAUUAUUAUGAAGCUUUAAUUUUAUCAGUUUUACAUCAAGGAGGAAGUUCUUCAAUUAAACUUCAUUUCUUAAGUAUUGCUUAUUUAUUAAUAACUGAAGUUGCUGUUCUUUUAUUGUCAUUUCCUUAUGAUGCUCUCUUGUUCAGAUUUGCGGGUCUUAUUCUUGAUACUGCACUUUUUAUUCAAUUUACAAGAAUGUAUAUUACAACAAAAAUAAAUGUUAAAGAAGGUUACAUUAGUUUACCCCAUCACACCUCUGGCGAAUCCGAAGAACCUGAUCGGCCAAAUCAUCCAUAUCAUUCUCCAAAUAAUCCAAAAUAUUGUCGUCUUUAUAUAUUAUUAUUACCUUUCGCCGCGCUUUGCCAUAUUUCGGGAAAUGUUUUAACUACUAUCUUUACUCAAAUUGCACUAGCGAAUUAUUUAUUUGCCAUAAGUUAUUCCUUUAUGUCUGCUUAUGCUUUCUUUGUGUUUUUAGAUACUCAUAUGGGACAACAUAAAGUAAAGAAGCUUAUUUUCUUACCUGAUAACUCUACCUCGAGUGUCAUUUUAGUCACAGUCGCUUCGGCUGCACUAGCGGCUUUGGCUGUUAGACUUGGC